UUCACAUCGCCGAGGGUAGAUGGGCAAUUCUUGCCUCUCCGCGACUUUCGGCUGCUCGUUCUCGCAGCGGGGCCGAGAAGCCGCCCGCUCUCAGAUGAUGGAGUAUGCCUACGACGAAGACCUGGACGAGUUGUGCCCCGUGUGCGGCGACAAGGUCUCGGGAUACCACUACGGGCUCCUCACCUGUGAAAGCUGCAAGGGUUUCUUCAAACGCACAGUUCAAAAUAACAAGAGGUACACGUGUAUAGAGAACCAGACCUGCCCUAUCGACAAAACUCAACGCAAGAGGUGUCCUUACUGCCGCUUCCAGAAAUGCCUCAACGUCGGGAUGAAGCUGGAAGCUGUGAGGGCUGAUCGCAUGCGGGGCGGUCGAAACAAGUUUGGGCCAAUGUACAAGAGGGACCGGGCUCUGAAGCAGCAGAAGAAGGCUCUGAUCCGAGCAAAUGGACUUAAGCUAGAAGCCAUGACUCAGGUGAUGCAGACAAUGCCGACCGACCUGACAAUAUCUUCUGCCAUUCAGAACAUCCACUCAGCCUCCAAAGGACUACCUCUAAAUCACCCUGCCUUGCCACCCACAGACUACGACCGAAGCCCGUUUGGCACAUCUCCAAUUAGUAUGGCAAUGCCGACACACGGCAGUCUGCAAGGCUACCAGACCUACAGUCCUUACCCGAGUCGUACUAUCAAGUCCGAAUAUCCCGACCCUUACACUAGCUCGCCCGAGUCUCUCAUGGGCUACUCCUACAUGGACACCUACCCAUCCAGCUCUCCAUCCAGCAUCCCACACCUGAUCCUGGAGCUCCUGAAGUGUGAGCCCGAUGAGCCCCAGGUGCAAGCCAAGAUCCUGGCCUACCUCCAGCAGGAGCAGGCCAGCCGGGGGAAGCACGAGAAACUCAACACCUUCGGACUAAUGUGCAAGAUGGCCGAUCAAACCCUCUUUUCCAUCGUGGAGUGGGCCCGAAGCAGCAUAUUCUUCAGAGAACUUAAGGUAUGGCCAUCAUUUUUUGUAUUGUAAUUGUAUGUCAGCGAGGCCGGCAGAAGUAGCAGGAUGGCGGCAGCUGUGAUAUAUCAACGGGUGCACCAUCCACAUUUUGAUCAGGCGAGUUUAUACACUCCCGAAAAACCACUGGAGUGGAUUUCCGACUGUGUCAUCUGGUCUUAAGUUAUGAUCUUGGGCAGCCUGUAGCAUAGGAAAUAUGGAGGGAAGUACCGUACUAAAUGAAUGGAUAAAAAAUUAAAUGGGAUCAAGGAUAUCAUCCGUGCACUUGUUAUGUAUCACACCUCCCUAAACACUACCACACUGGUGCUACAUUGAACUCAAUGUAUGAUAUCGCUGCAAGGU